AUGGGUUGUGCUGAUUAUGGUAUGUUAAACAAAUCAUCUGCAAUGGCUACCACCGUCAGGGUUCCAAGGGAAAGGCAGUUCCAUGUAGUGCCUGUACCUGGUGUUUUCACCCGUGGUCGGUGGAAAUGCCGUGACUAUCGCGAAGAUGACCAUACGGAUUGCCGCGAUCAAAUUCUUGAUUUCACCGACAUUCGAGAACGCGAAGGAGACGGAGCCGGUGCUGUGGAGAAGACGUCAUCAAAUGGAAAAUCCGCUGAGACUAAGAUCGCUCCAAGUGAUGUACCGACGAAUGACACAAUUUCGUCUCCCUUAAAGGAGUCGUCUACAAUUGUGGUAACCUCUAUAGCUCCAGCACCAUCGACUCCUCAACACGAUACACAUCAUGUUGAAGCUACUGAACAAGCUAUAAGAGACCUUGAAAGAGGGAAUCCAUCGAGGGCAAUAGUAGCACAAGGAGCAUUAGCAGGAGGUAAUUCUUCAGGUGAAGAUGAAAUUCUUACUUCUGGAAGUGCAACCUCACUAUCGGCCUCAAACGUAGUCGCGAUCGAUAACAAGAUUGAACAAGCGAUGGACUUGGUUAAAACACACCUCACUUUUGCUGUUCGCGAAGAAGUUGAGGUUUUGCGUCAAACCAUUGCAGAACUGGAGCAAAGGGUGUCUUCAUUAGAAGGCGAGAACCAGAUGUUACGUCAAUACGCUCCACCAGAGGUUUUGAAUAAUAUUUCCGCACUCGUUCUGCAAAGAAAAAGCAGUGCAAACCAAUCAUUUUCUGCACAACAAUAUUCUGCCUCUGUCAUCAAAAAUCCUGUUGAUGUGAAGAAGAACGUCCGAGAAAAUUUGGAAUCACACUUGUGUCAUAAGAAGAACAUGUUCGCUGAACACUGCUAUUUGACAUCUGGUGACAAGUUACGUAUCAUUGUGGUUUGA